AUGUCUAUGCUGGCGAGACUAAGUAGCGGGUAUAUAUUUGCUGGUGCCGGUGUUGGGAGCCAGGCGGUGGUUACACCAGUGACACUGGGACUAGCUGGCGUUUCCCAGGCUAUACCGGCCCUGUUGGGUAAACUGUUGGGCGACACUGAAGCUAAGGAAGAAACUGGGUUCUUCGACAAUGGUAUCUUGCUGGCCGCACCAAAGAAGAAAGUAUCGCAUCAAAAGAAAAGACAGAGACUUCUGGCCCCAGGCAAGAAACAUGUAAAUAUGAUGAACCAUCUGAACAGAUGCCCUUCCUGUGGCCAUUACAAGCGUGCUAAUACUAUCUGUAUGCACUGCUUCGAAAAUGUAAGAUUCCUGUGGAAGUCGUACACUCAGGAACAAAGACAAGAACCCAUCCAGGAGCAGAAUCUGACUGACUUGGACAAGAGAGUGUUGUAUCCCGGGAAAAUGGACACUGUGUAUGAGGAGAAACUAAAGGACAAAGACAGCUACUUGGUUCGCAGAAUGAGAACUCUACCGAAGGAGGACCCAAAGGUUGAAUCCUAG